CACAACAGUAUCGUAGAACAUUCAUCUGCAGGUUUUUUCUACUCAGAAGUUGGUGAAGUUUUGCGCGAAUAUUAUAGUUGAAGACUUCAAGCAAAGAAGAAAAUAUAGAGUUCCAGCCAGAAGAAACUGUGCACUAUGUGCCUGCUAUUUAUUUUAUACAGGGACUUCAAACAUGUCCCUGUCAACGUCUACCCCGAAGUACAACCCUGGGUACCAAAUUGUGUACUACCCCGAAUACCAACCUGUGUACCAACCUGAGUACUACCCCGAGUACAAGCCUGAAUACUACCCUGUGUACACUACCCCGAAUACCAACCUGUGUACUACCCUGAAUGCAACCCUGUGUACCAACCUGAGUACUACCCCGAGUACAAGCCUGAAUACUGCCCUGUGUACUACCCCUAGUACGGCCCUGAGUACUACCAGUUCCUGCCACCCGACUUCUACCCCCAGCCCCUAAGGGUGGAGACGGUUGAAGAAGACUGCUUCCUCCCAACCCCAAAGCCUCCUGCAACCACCAGCCAAUUUUGCCUGAAAGGAAGUGCACACUGAUUACAAAUCAGAACCCCAAUGUUGGUGGCCGAGACAUUAUGGUCAACAAACUUCUGGGAGGAACGGCUGUGUAACCACCCAAACCUGUGCCUCCUGUGUCUCGAACAUGUGUCUCCACCCAAACCUACAUCUCCCCAUGAACAUGUGUCUCCACCCAAACCUACACCUCCCCCUGAACAUGUGUCUCCACCCAAACCUGUGCCUCCACCUGAGACCAUGUCACAACCCGAACCUGCAUCUCCCCCUGAGACCAUGUCACAACCGGAGCCUGUGCAGACAGAUACUGCAAACACAAAGUUCCAGCCAGAAGAAACUGUGCACUAUGUGCCUGCUACUAAAACACCUGACUUAGAAAAUGUCCCUGACAACCUCUACAUCGAGUACAACCCUAUGUACUACACCGAGUACUACCAGUUCCUGCCCCUCGAAUUCUACCCCAAACCCCUAAAGGUGGAGACUGUUGAAGAAGACUGCUUCCUCCCAUCUCCACAGUCUCCUCACAACCACCAGCCAAUUCUGCCCGAAAGGAAGCGCACACUGAUUAAAAAUCAGGACCCCAAUGAUGGUGGCCGAGACAUUAUGGUCAACAAACUUCUGGGAGGAAUGGCCAUGUAUCCAACCGAGAGCGCGUUUCCACCCGAGAACGUGUCUGUACCCCAACAUGUGUCUCCACCUGAAUCUGCAUCUCUGCUCAAACCUGUGUCUCCACCCAAACCUGCAUCUCCCCCUGAACCUGUGUCUCCACCCGAACCUGCAUCUCCCCCUGAACAUGUGUCUCCACCCGAACCUGCAUCUCCCCCUGAACCUGUGUCUCCACCCGAACCUGCAUCUCCCCCUGAACCUGUCUCUCCACCCGAACCUGCAUCUCCCCCUGAACAUGUGUCUCCACCCGAACCUGCAUCUCCCCCUGAACCUGUGUCUCCACCCGAACCUGCAUCUCCCCCUGAACCUGUGUCUCCACCCGAACCUGCAUCUCCCCCUGAACCUGUGUCUCCACCCGAACCUGCAUCUCCCCCUGAACCUGUGUCUCCACCCGAACCUGCAUCUCCCCCUGAACCUGUGUCUCCACCCGAACCUGCAUCUCCCCCUGAACCUGUGUCUCCACCUAAACCUGCAUCUCCACCCGAACCUGUGCCUCCACCUAAGCUUAUAAAGGCUAAAGGAUAUGGAUAUAUAACAUAUUCCUCUGAAUCUGAAGCCAAAAAAGGUUGUCGAAACGGGCCUGCUGAAUAUUUCUCUGUAUAAAACAAAAAUGGAACUAGCAGAGGACAAGAUGAGACGCGGCUGGAAAAGAAGCACAUGGCAGUUUUAUAACAAAGACUCGAAGUGGGUCUGGCCAAGGACAUGAACCUUAAUAAGACUGAAUAAAAUUACACCUUCCAAAUGUUU